CCCGCUCCCCGCCCGGGACUGCGGCCCGGCUCCUUCUCGCUCCCUCCCGCUCCCUCCCGGCUCUCUCCCGGCUCCCUCCCGCUCCCGCCGGGCCCCUCCAGCGAGGCCGAGGGGCGAGAGGGAGGGAGGGAGGAAGGGAGACAGAGGGCAGGGCUGCAUGUGUUGUGUGAGCGCUGCCGGGAUACGCGCCGGUGCUGUGGGAACGCAAGCGGCCGAGGAGCAGCCUGCGGUGUCCGGCGGGCCCCUCUGGCAGCCGCAUCCCUGGGCUGUCCGAGCAGGCGCUCGGACCUUCGGAGCGGCCCCCGGCCCUGGCCGCCAUGGAGCUGGCGCUGAGGGAGCUCCUGCAGAGCGCAGGAGAUGUUCAGGCUUUGAAGAAUGCUUACAAAUUAAUCAAAUCAGCCACUGAAGGACAGUCUGCACUUGAUUCAUCUGAUAACAUCAGCGCCGAUUUAUAUGUUUUAUGUGCUGAACAAGCGCUUCAGCUGGGAUAUCUGGAAAUUAGCAGUGACUGUCUACAGAUGUAUUUUAAAGGAAGAUUUCCUGUGAGCCAGUUUCUUGGCAGAGCAUAUUUGUGCCAAGGCCAGUUGCAUGCUCCACACUCUACAGAUAAUUUGGAAGAGUUUGAAAAGUUUGUGCUGUUUUUUAUGAAGGCAAUUGAUUUUGCAACCCAUAACAGAAGGUAUUUUUUUUUGAUAUAUAAUGCCUCAGUUCUUUAUUGGCAACUUGUGAGGCCAUUUCUUAAGCCUGGAUUCCGCUAUUGCCUUAUUCCCAGCCUUUCACGGAUUGUUACAGCAUUAAACCAAAUUGAAGAGCAAGACAAUGAAUGGCGAGCAGAACUCAUGAUAAAUUUACUUGAGUGCUUCCUUGAUGCUUCAAAACUGGAAGAAGCAAAAGAGUUUUCAUCUACUGCAGCAGUCUUUAUUAAGGAAAAUGUUCCAGAUAAAUACUCCCAAAUAUUUUCUUUAAUGGUGUAUCACAAACUAAUGGAUAUUUCCCAGGUAGAGAAGGAGAUACAAAAUUCCAUCCAUCUUUCAGUUAUUUAUAAAAUGCAGGUGUUAAAGUUACAGUGGGACACAAAUGUAUUUCCAAGUGAUGCCACCGCAAAUCUGAAUUCUUUACAUGUGCUCUUGAAACAAUAUGAUGUACCUCCAGCAUCUGUUCUCCGUGUGAAGUUUCCUUUGAUUCUGGAAUUAGCUCGUUUUUCUCUGAAAGUAAACUGCACUGAGCUUGCAGCUCAUUGUAUACUUGAUUUGAAGAGCGUUCCAAUUACUGAGCAAGGGAAACUUAUUGAGAUAGAAUGUCUGGAAUAUGAAUAUGAAAUGAAGAAAAAUGGUGCUGAAAUUGUGACUUAUACCAAAGGAGUUGUUGAGGCUCAGCUGAAAUUGAUAAAAAAUCUUGAAUUAACGUUAAAACGUGCAGUUCAGUUGGGAGAUCCUGCUGUGAUCCAGGUUGUUUGUGCAACCCAGUGGAAUCUGUGCUUACCACUACUACAACACAAUUUGCAUCAACAUGUGCGAAAGCCAUUGAUCUCAGUUGCUGAUGUCCUUGAAGAGAUUGACAGCAUGUUGAUUUUGUUGCGUUGCCAAGUUCAUAUGGAAAUAGCCCGUAUAGAGGAAGAUGGGGAAAGACUAGAGGCUGCUCUGGAGCAUUUGCAAAAAGCUAUGCACCUGAACAACAGUGAGCAGUAUGGAGAACAUCUAAGACUGAGUUUUAGGCGCCUUCGUUUGAGUGCUAUGCUGUACGAGUCACCUGAGCAUCGAGAGGAUCAGGCGGUCAUGCUGAUUGAACAGGCUAAAAGGGGAAAACAAAAGGAUAGUGCAAUGAAAAACAGAUCCCUUCUGAUAAAUGCAGGUCUUGCAUUAGCUCCUGACACAUUUCAAAUAGUUCUUGACAGUGAAAAUGAAGUUAAAGUUUACUCAGGUAAAAGUACUAGUCAAAUAAGUUACCUCUGUGCAAAAGCCCAACAUCAUACUAAAAGUGUGGAGAAAGUUGAUGAACAUUCGAAACACUUAAGAAAUGGAAAUGGCAGAGAAAGAAUUAUACUUUGGGCAGAUUUGGCAAAAGCUGCAUGUAAACAGGAAGUGUGGGAUGUUUGUCGUGCAGCAUGCAGAUUUUGCCUCUUGUAUGAUGAUAUUUUCUUUAGGGAGACAAGAAAGCAUAAAAAAACACAGAAGAAUAAAGCUAAUGCAACUAUGAUGGUUCGUGGUCAAGGUGACAGCUCAUCAGGAGAAUCAUUGCUGCCUGCUAAAUCCUUCUCCUUUGAAGCAGAUUUACUCAGAAUAAUAGCAGAAAUAAGAUUUAUUAAUGCAGAGGCAACUGUUCAUUUAUUAGGAUUGCAGGGGAUCAAACUGAAUGAUCAUGCUGUACCUCCAGAGGCUACAUACCAGUGUUGCCCAGGAAGUGUUUCAUAUCUUCCUGAAAGUGAUCCAGAAUGGAAAACGUACAGGUGCUUUUUUGUAAUACAUAUCAAGACCAAGGAACUCUUAACAGCAUUAUUAUCAGACACCAAUGAUAAUUGCAAAAGCUGUUUCUCCUUAGUAAAAUUGUCACCAGAUUCUUCAUUUUUCUUUGGAAAAAGAGCUUCUUUAUUCAAAUUUUAUAGUUUAUGGAUAGACAACUUAUCUUGGUAUGCUAUGGAAAACUUCCAACGUGCAGCUGAAAUAGGAGAAGAAUUGAAUGAAGCCUGGAUUGUUCACAAUGCUGUGGCGUAUAUCUUAAAUUAUAACAGACAUCUGAUUUCUUCAGGAAGACAGAGGGACAUUAUCGAGUAUCUCCAGACUCUUCUUGGAGCCAUCAAGACUGUUGGGCACAAUGGAAGUACUGAAAUUUUACUGAUGUUAUGUAAUGCUUUGGCUCGAGGCCUAAUUAUUUCUUGGAUUCCAAAGCCAAAACCUGCUGAGAACACAGAAGGUAUAGCAAUAGAGAGUAGCAGAAAAGCUGAAGCAAAGAAACAGGAAAAAGCAAAUAUCCAGUCUUUUUCAGUAGAUCCUAGUGGACUUCCUGACAUCAAAGCUGCCUUAGAGAUUUGUGAAUUUGCCCUAAAUGCAAUGACUAGAACCAUAGUUAAGGAAAAAGUCUCUAUUGCUGCACAACAACAGAUCAUUGCUACCUGGGUGAAAGCAAAGCAGUUAAAUCAGCAGCAGAUCAGACAUCAGCUUGGGACUCAGGACGAGGAGAAUAAUGAUGAAGCACAAAAUCCUCUGGCAAGAAUUCUUGUUGGUCUGGAGAUAUACUCAUGUAAUGGCUUGGGUCUCAUGGAUUUCACUGUUCCUAGCUUAUCUCAGUUAAUGAAUAUGGCUUUAGAAUGCAGUUGGUCAGAUUCCUUAGUGGAAUUGCAGACACUGACACGACUUACAUAUUUUGCGUAUGCAUCACAAGACCACAAAAGAGUGAUGACUUGUUCCAAAAGGAUCUUGGACUCAGAUAAGAAUUUUGUCCACAACAGAAGUAUUAAGAAAUAUGGCAUGCUUGGUAACAGGGUGAGACAAGAAAUGUUAAGCACUACAGCCUGUAUACAAGGAAAGAGCAUAAUGGAAAACUUGUCUGGAAGAAAAGAUCUGCGUGUAGCAGCAUCAAAAACCUUUGUUCAGAGUGCCAGGUAUGCAGGUGAAGCUGGAAAUUAUUCCCUCGUAAUGUUUGCAGCUAGGCACUUUUGGAAUGCAUGUUUACCUUUACUAGGCUCACCACAUGACAGAGAACAGUUUAAGGAACCUACCGAAAUAAUUCUUAACAAUAUAAUUAAAGCAGAAUCUAAACACAAACAGGUAAAAAUUUCUAAUAGGUAUUGCUUAUUUAAAGUGAUUGGACUCUGGAGAAAUGCCUGUGGCUUUCAUCUGGUCAAUAAGCUAUUUAGGUUACAGAUUAAGAUGUUUUGGUUUUGGUUUUUGUUUGGUUUGGUUUUCUGGUUUUUUUUUCAGAAAAAGAAAGAUACAUGUCCUUUGCAUCAGUGGAUUACAAAGGAUUUUCAAAAUAUUGGGUUAUCAGUUGGAUGCUUUCUCCCAGGUGCUGAGGAAGAUCUGACAUUAAGAACGUCCUUAUAUGGUCUAUUAUUCCACAUCUAUGCUGAUAAAGCUGACUGGGAGACAGCACUGAAACUCCUGGAUGAAGCUGCUCAAGUUUUGCCUCAGACAAGACACAAACUUCUGAUUUUCAAACUUAUGGCUACAGUGAGGGCAGGAUCUGGAUGCAAUUUUGUGAUGGGCACUCAGAAAGUCAGUCAUGAAAGUGAAGGUUAUUUGUCACAUAUGUGGCGACACCUGGCCACAGUCUCCAGAAGUAUUGUUGGACAGUUAAGCUGUUUUCAAAAUGCCAUCAUUGCUUUACAGAAACAAGAAGAUGAAUGGCAGAGAGUUGAUUACCUGAUGGAAUUUGCUGAAUGUUUAUAUUGUAAUCAAUUUCCCCUCAAGGAUGCUAUUAAACCUCUGGAGUGGGCAGUAGAUCUCCUGCUUUGUAUGAGAUUCCCUAUGCAGUCCUCACAAGAGGAAGAAAACAAUGCUUUACCAGAGUUCCUGCCUACAGAAAAUGCUAAGAUGAGCAAUGAAGCAAGUGGUACCGUGCCCCAAAUUAAUUUGGAAGAUUUAAGCAAUAUUAAACAACUGGAAGCUUUGUUUAGAGCACAGACAUUAAUGGCUUUAUUUUCUGGUCCUGGUUCUUCCUCUCACCAGCAGCACUGUUUGAUGGCAUAUGGCUGCAUUGUCCGUGUCUGGCAGGUGUCAUUGUCAGCAUCAGGGAUUAUUACAAAAGCAUUCUCAAAGACUUCACAACCUACAGGUCCUCAGAAAGUGAAGCUAAAAACUCCUAAAAAGAAAGAGAAACAAGUUGAAGUUUCUCUUGCAAAGGAGAAGUCUAAAGGGAAAGAAUCAGUUGAUACCAUACCAGCAGAUGUGGAAGAAUGGGCCCAGUACAACUGUCCCAUUAACAUUAGAGAUAUCUUUAAACAGAAAUCAAAUAGUUACGGUAUUAACUGGGAUAAUUUCCCAAAACCUACUUGCACUUUGUAUUUUAUGGACCUUUUAUCUAAAGAACUACAGAAAAUUUUUUGUCCCCACCUGAUUCUUCCGAUCUUUCAGCUAGCUGAAGUUAUUGCUAGUGAAGUUCUGGAAUGUAGAAGUCUGUCUGAUCUCUAUCACCUUCGAAUUGCCCUGAUAUGUUCAGAUUUAAAACUGAGUGAGGCAUCUGUGUAUCAUGAGAAAGCUGCUGGAGAAGUACACAUUAGUGAAUUAGAGCAAGCAAUGUGUAGGCAAGAGAUUGCACUGAAAAAAGAAAAAACUGUAUGCAUGAAGACAGAAGAAAGAAAAAUACCUUUUGAAAGUGCUCAGCUUAAUGGUAGUAGGAAUGAGAAUAUUCUUACUUCAAGUGAAAAGGGUUUCAAGGUAAAUGCAGUAACAGGAAAAGGACUGAGUGCACUUUCUUUCCCUCAUUUGUGGAUUGAAAAAGCUGAAGUACUAAUUCAGCUAGGCUUGUAUCAACCAGCAAGGCUUCUGCUUUCAGAGGCCCAUGCUGCAACUCAGGAGCUGGGGGCCCUAUCUGAUGUGUCAAGGUGCUUGUACUUACUUGCUGUGUUGGCCAACCUGGAGAGAAACCACAGACAAGCUGAAGCACUCCUUGAGAAAGCACAGCUGCUGGGAGGAGACGAAGAGUUCUGCUGUAACUGUGCUCUUAGUCUGACCCAAGCAAUUCUAGAGGAACAGGGGCAAGGAAAACACAGCAUGGCUUGUGAGAUACUGGAACAUACUGUAAAUGUGCUUCGAUCUACUUCACUGAAGAGACCUAGAAGGCAAUCAGAAUUGGGUUUUAUGAUUGCAUCCCUUGAAGCCAGAAAAAUACUUAUUCAGAUACAUUUUGCCAAGGAUGCUAUGACAGUUAAUGCCAAUUCUGCUCAGUUGCCACACAUUCUACAGGAAUCCUACAAUAAAUUAGUUCAAGUUGAGAAGGACCUUUUUAAUCAUGGGCAUAAAAACUACAGUGCUGAAAUACUUCUGGAAUGUGCAAAUAUUCAUAGGAUGAUUGCCAAGCAGGAAAGGAACAAAAAAGGCAAACACAGUCACUAUCUUGAUGCUUCUAACUUAGCUCAGAGAGCAGUAUCCAGAACAGAGGAAGUCUUUCAUAGAGUUUGUAGUUUAUUUGCAUUUAAUGAGAAUAAAAAUGUUAGUUUGCCAAUAAUGAGGCAAUUAGCUCUUAGAAAAAUAAAUCUCGUAGAAAUUCUUUUGGAUAUUUUUCAUCUUGUCAUUACUGAGAAAAAGCCUAAAAAUGUGGGAGAAGCAUCAUUUCAUGAAUUUAUGGAGGAAUUAAUCAUUGAAGAUGAUGCAGUAGAACAGGAUUGGAAGUACAUGAAGCGCACCAUGGCUCAUGUUGCACUGGCUCAGUUAGCAAACGUACAGAAUCUUUGCCAAGGCUGUCCCAACAUCAAAUCCAAAUGCCUGUAUCUAACUGGAAAAACCCUUCAUUUACUUGCUGUUAAUGUAGAUCCUGUAUAUUCAGAGAUUUACUGGAAGCCAAAUGUUAUGGAAGAUGCUAAAUCAGACAUCAGAAAAUCUUCAUUGACUUCAGCAGAAUGCAGUGAGCAGGACAUGACAGAGAGCAGUUUAUCAACUAAUACAUGUUGUAAAGACAAGUAUAGGAGGAACAUACAGGAAUUAAAGACACAACAAAGGGUGGCACAGAAGUAUCUUUCUCAAUCCAGUGAGGCUUUGCUACAAUCUAUGGCUAUUGCAUUCCGUCAAAAUGUGACCGAUGUGCUGGCUCUUGCUAGUUUGGAAAUGGCUGAAUGCUUUAGACAGUUUGAUCCAACUUCAACUACCCAGUUUUUGGCACUUCAUCAGAGUUGUUCAGUGUCUAUGAUGAUGAAGAGCAUCCUUCUAACCGCUGCAUCCAACACCAGCAGCUCUCAGCUGGCAGCGUUGCUGCAUCUUCAAAAUCAGUUGAAACAAAACAGAAACACAAGUGAUCUUCUAAAGUGUGUGGAACAGCAACUGACUGCUAAUUCAACGGCUUGGAGAAACCUCUGUAUUCCUGUUGAACAUUUUAAUAUAGUGAAUGAAUUGCCAUCCAGUUUCUACAUAGUUAUUCUCCAGCAUUCAGAAGACAGGUCUCAGCUGUACAGCUCAUUGAUUGGGCUGCCCAGAGCAGGUUCUGCACGGCAGAAAGGAAGAGUCACUCAGAGGAUGGUGCAAGCAAAAGUUACUCGAUUUCCUGUGGAUCCUGAUGUGUUUCAUAUUUUGUUGGAAAAAAUGCGUCUUUUCAAGCAGCGGAGGAUGGAGAAUAACCUUAAACAAACUGUUAUUCAGAACUUGCAAGAGUGUGUCUCCAAAACAGAUGUGACUCCAACUGAGAAAAUAAAUGAUAGUGAGCUUGAUUUGACAUCAGAUUUCUCUGAAAUAAUAGAAAUUAUGGAAGGAUAUCUGAAACCAGUGCUGUCACAGUUUGAUUUUUCAGCUAUCAGAGAAUCCCAGGGUGGAUCAGUUUCAGCAGCUGAAACAGGAAAAAAGAAAGUGAAAGAUAAGAACAGCAAACAAGUUGGAAUGCAGGAUAAACCUGUGGAUUUCGGAUUGUGUGUGGUCUUACUGGGGGAUGCAUUACUUAUGGAAUUGCCUUUGGAAGCUCUGAGUAUAUUUAAAGAGGAAGGAAUAAGUUCUGUUUCCAGAGAUUUUUCUCUACAGUUUCUCUACAAUCGACUACAUUGGACUGAGUCAGAAACUGAAUUUAAAGUUGAAGUAUCUAAAGAAAAAAACAGAAAAACUUCUCAGAAAAAGAGUGUCCAAACGGCACCAAUUAAUCGUGAUCUGCCUUCUAAUUGCUUGCCUGUUGAUAUAAGGAAUUUAAAAUAUAUUGUGGACCCCUAUAAUGAAGGAAGAGGAGCAGAAGAUUCAAGUCCUUGCCAAAAAAUACAGAAAAUACUGGAAAAAUACCAUGACUUAUUUAGACUGCAGUGGGAAGGUGUCAUUGGCAAUCUGCAUGCUCCGAGCCAAGCUGAGUGGGAGCAGCUGCUGACAAACUGUAGUGCAUUUCUGUUCUAUGGGAUGGAGAGAUUCAUGUCCCAUGUGUUGCUUAAUUGGUUGGUUGCUAUGAACAUCCCAAAAUGCCGUUUGGUGAUUCUUCUGGAUCUGGUACGAUCCCAGAAAAGUUACCAGAGAAUUGCAAACUCUGAUAUCCACAAAAGCUGUCUAUGUGUUGCCCUGGAGAGACCAACAGAGACAGCAAUGCUCCUCAGCCUCACAGGCGUUGGCUCUGUGCUGGCCACGCAGUGGUACUCGAGCCUGGAGGAGAGUGCAGAGAGGCUGGAGACCUUGUUCCAGCAUCUGCUGAGCUUUGAUAAAAUGAUUGGGCAGAUAGUUCAUGUUCUUCAGAAAAAUAGAAGCUCCAGGAAAAGGGAUUCCAUUAAAAUGGAAGGAGAUUCUCACAGCUCUCCUGGAGACAAAGUAGAAGAGCAGAAUGCUUGCACUUCCUCAGUUCUUCCUGCAACUCAUCCAUCAUUUUUUAAUUGUGUACUCUAUGGUUUACCCAACAUAAUUCUGAUGUAAUUUGUGUCAAUCUUUUCAUGCUAGGAAUACCUGCAGUGAUCUAAGGAGAGGUGAGAGUAAGAUGUAUAUUUUGCUGAUUCAUGUUUUAGAUGUAAACAGUUUGAUAUUAGAAUAAGUGUCAGGAAAAUAUAAUAUAUAGUUCAGAAAUUUCGGUUAAUAGUCUAAGGUUUUUUAACUUGGUAAAUCCUCUAAAAAUUUGGUAAGUACCAACACAUUUUAAAGAAAAUGGGCUAGUAUUUUUCAGCCUUGAUGCAUGAAUGGGAUUGGAAUGCAUCAAAGUUAGUGCUUCCAUUUGGAAAAACAUUUCCUUGAUGCAUUUUAUUUUCACAUGGACGAUUCAUCAAGAACACAGCUAUAACAUUUACCAAGUGACUUUAUUCUGAAUGAUCUUUUAUGUGGAGGUAGAUGCAGUUUAAUUAGAAAACAAGUUAGUGUUAAAUAAAAUGAUUAAUAUUUUUUACUUUCUUUAUUUUCUUGUGUUUUUCCUUAAUAACUUUCCUAACAUAUUCCUUCUCAGUAUCCCAAUAUUCAAUAUCAUAUCCCAUCCCUACCCUCUGGCAGUGAAGCCAUUCCCUGUGUCCUGUCCCUCCAUCCCCUGUCCCCAGUCCCUCUCCAACUCUCCUGGACCCCUUCAGGCCCUGGCAGGGCUCUGAGCUCUCCCAGAGCCUUCUCCUGCCCAGGUGAGCCCCCCAGGUGUCCCAGCCCGCACACCUCUG